AUGUCUUCGUCUGCGACAUCGUGUUCCAAGUGUCAAAUUAAUUUUAGCUGUGAAGUUACCUGGGAAUUUCACCAAUUGAUGUUCCAUUACGAAUCGGAUGAUGAACUUAAGUCACAUGUGCACCUCGAUCCGCUGUUAACAGAAACAUCACAUCAGGAUGUAGGCGAACAAGUUCCAUCCUCUCAACCAAAUCCUUGUGAAGAGUCACAAAAUGAUAUCGACGAUUUCGAUUGGACUACAUUUAAUGAAGUUCUAAGUACAGUAUUGGAUUGUGAACUUGAGUCAUUCAUAGGCCUCGAUCUACUAUUAUCUGAACAUCAGGAUGUACAUAAGAAUUUAGGCGAACAAGUUUUGGCUACUGAAACAUAUUUUUGUGAAGAGUCCCUAAAUGAAAUUGACGAUUUCGAUUGGACUACAUUUAAUGAAUUUCCAAGUAUAGAAGCGUAUUGUGGACUUGAGUCGCAUAUAUACCCCGAUUCACAAUUAACCAAACAUCAAAAUGUACAGGAGCAUGUUGAUGAACAAAUUUUGACAACUGUACCAAAUCCUUGUCAAGAGUCACAAAUCAAAAGUGAUGAUUUCCAUCAGACUUCAUUUAUCCAAGUUCCUAGAACUGAAAUCAGUUGUGAUCAAGAACAAAAUGAGCACCAUAAAACAGUUCAGAAAAAGUUUUGCAAAGAAGGAAAGGACCACAAGUGCAAUGUAUGUCAGAAAACAUUCAUACAGCAAAGACAUUUGAAGACACACGUGAAAACAGUUCAUGACAAGCAAAGAGAGUUCGAGUGCGGCGUGUGUCAAAAAACAUUUUCGAGUAAGGCCUAUGUUAAGAUACAUAAAAAAUUGAUUCACGAUAAACAAAAGGACUACGAGUGCGACGUGUGUCAGAAAACAUUCACACAGCAAAGACAUUUGAAGACACACGUGAAAACAGUUCAUGACAAGCAAAGGGAGUUCGAGUGCGGCGUGUGUCAAAAAACAUUUUCGAGUAAGGCCUAUGUAAAGAUACAUAAAAAAUUGAUUCACGAUAAACAAAAGGAUUACAAGUGCGACGUGUUUCAGAAAAAAUUUUCAGGGAAGGGCCAUUUAAAGAUACACAAAAAAACAGUUCAUGACAAACAAAAGGACUACGAGUGCGACGACUACGAGUGCGACGUAUGUCAGAAAAGAUUUUCUCGGAAGAGCAUUGUGACGAAACACAAAAAAAUAGUUCACGAUAAACGUAAGGACUACGAGUGUGACGAGUGUCACAAAGUAUUUUCAGAGCAAGGCAACUUGAAGCAACACAAGAACGCAGUUCACGAAGGACAAAAGAACUUCGAGUGUGGCGCGUGUCAGAAAAAAUUUACACUGCAACAAUACUUGAAAAAACACAUAAUAAUAGUUCAUGACAAAUAA